AUGCAGAAGAGCAAUGGUCAGCAAGAACAAUUAGGAACCAACAGUGACAGCACCAGCAACAUAAUGCACACAAAUGGGUUACAUGCUGAAUCAAAGCCUGGUAUAGAAAAUGAUAAAGACAGAGCACAAACUCCAUCCACUCCAAGGACUGGCAGUGCUGCUUUCAAAGAGAACAUCUUGGCAAAUGAGUUGUUUCUCAAUGAUAGAAGGAACAAUUAUGGUUUGCAAUCAUGUCGGGAUGUUACUGAGCUGUUUUAUCCUGAGGAUGGAGAAGAACACAUAAGCUUAAUUGUUGCAGAAUCUAACCUCUGUUACAGCAGUCACGACAGGGAAAAUUUUGCAUUCAAAGACAUCAGGGAUGGAUUCAGUUCUACUUUUGAAAAAAUUGUGGAAUCUGACCUUAUGAAGGGCACAUACUACAGCAGCUUGGACUCCUUGGAUGUGCUCUCCCUUACAGAUGAGACAGACAGCUGUGUUAGCUUUGAAGCUCCACUCACACCUCUUAUUCAGCAAAGAACCAAAGAAAGUUCUGAAUUUUCAGAACAGAAAUUCCUCACUAACCUGAAGGAAGGUCUGGAGCCCAGGGCAACAGAGAAACAGGGUGAAAUGAUGUCCAGGGUUAUGGAUGAUGAUUUGGGGAGUCCCCUGCAGCACUCCAUCACUAGCAGCCAGUCUGAGAAUGUGCUGAGCCAAGUAUCACUGAAAAAUAUUCCUAACGGCUAUCACAUGGAACGGUCAGAAGAAAAGCUUCCAAAAUUUAGUAAUUCAGUCAGUGAUGCCAACAUAAAAGAUGGCCUUUCGGAUUCAGAUUCUGAUAUGGGCAGCACAGAACAACUUGACCAGGGAAGCACGGACACUCUUAUCAAUGGCUGCAAGGCACACAGUGAGGCUGCAAAAAGACUUGCUAAAAGGCUCUACAAUCUUGAAGGAUUCAAGCACUGUGAUGUGGCCCGCCAGUUGGGCAAGAAUAAUGAAUUUAGCAAAAUGGUAGCAGAAGAAUAUCUCCGUUUCUUCGACUUUACUGGAUUGACCUUGGAUAAAGCACUCAGAGCUUUCCUAAAAGCUUUCCCCCUUAUGGGAGAGACACAGGAACGGGAGCGGGUCCUCAUCCACUUCUCUCACAGAUAUUGUCACUGCAAUCCCCAGGAGAGCACAUCGGAAGAUGGAAUCCAUACACUCACCUGUGCUCUGAUGCUGCUGAACACUGAUCUCCACGGCCAUAAUAUUGGGAAAAAGAUGUCCUGCCAACAGUUUACAGCAAAUCUGGAUGGACUAAAUGAUGGGAAAGAUUUUGCAAAGGAUCUGUUAAAGACACUGUAUAACUCCAUAAAAAAUGAAAAACUAGAAUGGGCAAUUGAUGAAGAUGAACUCAGGAAGUCAUUAUCAGAAUUGGUGGAUGAUAAAUUUGGUGCCAGUGCAAAGAAAAUCACAAGGAUAGUUGAUGGCAGUAACCCUUUCCUGGAUGCUCCCCAGGCCCAGAAUGCUGUAACCUACAAGCAUGGCAUCCUCACUCGAAAAACCCAUGCUGACAUGGAUGGGAAGAGAACUCCAAGAGGACGAAGGGGAUGGAAGAAAUUUUAUGCUGUGCUUAAAGGGACCAUACUGUAUUUGCAAAAGGAUGAAUAUAAACCUGAUAAAGAUCUUUCUGAAGUAGAUCUAAAGAAUGCUAUUCGCAUUCAUCAUGCCUUAGCCACAAAAGCCUCGGAUUAUAGUAAAAAAUCCAAUGUUCUGAAACUGAAGACAGCAGACUGGAGAGUGUUUCUCUUCCAAGCUCCAAGUAAAGGAGAAAUGCUAUCAUGGAUCCUGAGAAUAAACUUGGUAGCUGCCAUUUUUUCUGCCCCUGCAUUUCCAGCUGCUAUUUGCUCCAUGAAGAAGUUCUGCCGGCCUCUUUUGCCCUCUUCAUCCACUAAACUCUGUCAGGAAGAACAGCUACAGUCCCACGAGAAUAAAAUGAGGCAAAUUACAGAUGAAUUAACUGAACAUAAACUGCAUCCUGUAGUGAAAUGCCUGAAGUCAAAAGAGGCUGAAGAAUAUCGUUUGAAGGAACAUUACUUAAUAUUUGAGAAAAACCGAUAUGAGACAUAUAUCCACCUCCUAUGUGCAAAGAUAAAGGCUGGGACAGAUGACCUGGAAAGAAUUGAAACCAACCUCUUCGCAAUGGAGACCCAGGAUAGUUCUUUGAGGAAGACUUGUUCCAGUCCUUCUAUAACCCAAGGGCAGUUGUCUGUUGAAAGCAGUAAGGCAGAAAAAGACACUCUAGAGCCAAAUACUUCACACACAGGGAGUCAAUAA